UUCUUGCUCUUCUCUCCUUCUGCACUUCUGCUUGCUUCAACUGCAGCACCCCAUCAUGGUCGCUUCAGUAGGCUCCCCGGUCCCAGUUGAGGAUCCAUGCCAACCACUGCUCAAAGGCUCUGUCUCUAAGGUCAACACUGCCCACCCCUUGCACCAGAACCCUCGCUGCAAGCUACCAGCAGCCGUGCGAUCCGGGGCCUGCUGGCCGAUAUGCUUGCUCCCCCUCGCGAUAUGGGCCGGAUACCGUCAAUGGAGCCCCGUCCUGGUCUUCGUCUAUAAUCUCUUUGCCAUCAUUGCUCUAUCGGCCUGCAUCUUCGACUCCUCUCUGCAGCUGGCGACCCGUGCGAGUGAGCCAUGGGGCGCUUUGAUCAACAUCGGGGCUGGGAAUGCAGUAGGGCUGAGCCUCGGAGCCUGGGCAGUCGCCAGCCGCGAGAUCUCCGUGGCUCAAAGCCUCGCCAUGGGGGCCAUUCUGGCGGACAUUCUGCUGGUUCUUGGUUCCUGCUUGCUCGCCGCCUCGCACCGAGCCGACAUCCUCUUCUUCGACCAACCCGUGACCCGUGCGCUCUCCUCUCUCAUGCUCGUUACCGCGAUGGUCCUCGUUCUCCCCUCGGUGCUUUCGCUAUCCGUCCCUUACGAACUCGGCGACCAGACUGUCGCGGUCUCGCGCGGCACAUCGGCGGUGCUGUUGUUCGUGUAUGCCGGCUAUCUCUACUUCCAACUGGGGACCCACCGGCAUCUUUUCCACCACGAUGGCGAGAACAUGGGGAAUGACGCAGACGCAGACACAGAGGCAGCCCACCCCUCUCGCAGCGCACCACAAACUCGAACCCAGGCUUUCCUCACCCUCACCCUUGCCCUCCUCGCCACUCUCCUCUGCACCAAAUACCUCACCGAGACCCUCGUCCGAACCGCCGUCCAGACCCAUUUCUCCGAGACCCUGCUCGCGACCGUCCUCGUCCCGGUCGCAAGCACCGUGGCGCCCGCCAUGGCGAUGAUCCAGACCAGCGCGACGAGCCAGGACGUGGGUGCAGCCAUCAGCGCGGGGGUGCAAACCGUGGUCCACGUGGCGCUGUUCCGCAUGCCGGUGCUGGUGCUGCUCGGAUGGGCGCUGGGUUCGCCCAUGAGCUUGGUGGUUGACCCCUUCCAGACGGUCGUGCUGUUGUUCUCGGUGGUAUUGGUCCAUGGGCUGUUACAUGGGGGGAAGUAUUCGGUGAUGCAUGGGUUGGCUCUGAUUGCGAUGUAUGCAAUUCUUGGGCUGGCGUUUUGUGUGCGCUGAGUGUGGUUGAUACAAUUCUUGCCCUCAAUCUAGGUAUAAGAUGUGAAGCUAUCUAAGUGAGUGUGUAAUAUCAUUUCACGGGUGUUUUCAAUGGUAGCCCCGCAGCGAUGACGUGGCCAGCCACCAUUGUUACAUUACUGUACAUAUCAGUCUGACUCGGGGGAGUUGGCAGAAACGCCUUUUUUUCGAGAGAAGAGGGGAAACCUGGGAAAGUUUCGGAGGGAAAACCAGCCGAGGCCGGGAUGAAGUAUUGCUCAGCCUUACAGGGCUACAGGGCUGGGUGGCAGUUUGUCAUUGGCUGCUGCCUCUCCCCUCCCCCGUAGGCACCGAG